AUGUAUUUAAUUGUUAAUAAACAACGAUUAUUUAAAAAUUUUUCAACACUUGAUCAUAAAUAUAAAAUCAAUGAAGAUAAACAAAUUGAUUUGGAUCAUCUUUUAUUGGAAAUAGCAAUAUUACAAAAUGAAUUUUAUAAUAUAUUAUUAAUCAUAUCCUCAUCAGAUGAUAAUAAAAAACAAUUAUUAUUUGUUAAAUUACAAAAUUAUUUAUCAACUUUUGUGGAAAUUAAUUUAUAUUUUAAAAAAUUUGAUCAAUGUUUAUCAAUAAUAACUCGUUUAUCUAAUAAAUCAUCAAUAAUAAUAUCAUCUUCAUUUUUUUCAAAUGAUAAUAUUAAUAAGGCUUUUUGUUAUCUGUAUGAAUGUUCGAAACCUGGUAAUCUUGGAUUAUUUGUUGAACAACGAGUUUAG